UAAUCCCUUGCAUAAUAUUUUUAAUUACAGUGGAAAAAGUGCGGCUCCUGAUGUAGAGAUAUUAAUAGUGGAUCACAUUCCUACAGGGAUCUGAUUCUGAGAAGAGGAGGCAGGAGACUUUGCUGGAACAGGAGAAGUUGUAAAGAUUCAGAAGCUGUAAAGACUCAGACUUGCAGGAGCCAGAAAGUCUAGAAGAGACCAAGUGGGGGGGAAGAUGGAGACUCCAGUGGCUGUGAUCCCAGAUUCCGUCUCUUGGCUGCGGGUCCAGGCUGCAUCCUGCUGGAACAACAUCACUUCAGUACUCAUCUUUCUCCUGAUGCUGGCCCUGCUGCUCGAUUAUGUCAUGUACAGGAAAAAAAGCAGCCGAUCUCCCCCGGGACCCACCCCUUUCCCUUUCUUCGGGAACUUGCUGUUAAUCGAUCUCAAAAACCCACAUAUUUCUUUUCGACGUUUGGCAGAAAAGUAUGGAACGGUCUAUUCAUUCCAAGUCGGGUGGCACAAUUUUGUUGUACUGAGUGGAUUCAAGGUGAUAAAAGAGGCACUGGGACAGAAAGCAGAGGACUUUGCUAACCGGCCACACAUUCCACUGUUCAGCCUAGUAGGCUUUGCAAAAAACUGUGAAGGAAUACUCAUGGCAAAAUACGGCAGUGGCUGGAAGGAGCAGAGAAAAUUCUGUGUCUCCACUCUGAAAAACUUUGGGAUGGGGAAGAAAACACUUGAAGAGAGGGUGUCUGAGGAAGCUGGGUUUCUGUGCUCUGAAUUCAAAUCACAGAAAGGCUCUCCCUUUAACCCACAAAUUCUUCUGAACAACGCAGUUGGAAAUAUUAUCUGCAUCCUAAUAUUUGGUGACCGCUUUGAAUACGAUGAUGAGACCUUCUUGAAGAUAAUACAUUUGACAGAGGAGAUCAUGAAGACAUUUACCAGAAACUUGCCCCAGCUUUUCAUUGCAGCAUCCUGGCUUGCCUUUAUUCCUGGACCUCAUCUGAAAAUUAGAAAACUGUAUAAUGAAAUUACUGCCAUAGUAAGAGAGUUUGUGAAUGAACAUAAGAAAACCAGGGAUCCUUCUUUUCAAAGAGAUUUCAUUGAUGCAUUUCUGGAGGAGAUGGAAAAGGUCAAAGGGAAUCCAAAGACCAGUUUUCAUGAGCAGAACCUUGUUAAAACUAUUUAUGAUUUGGUUGCGGCUGGCACUGAAACCACUGCUUCCACCAUACUUUGGGGACUGCUGAAAAUCGUCCUCCAUCCAGAGGUUCAAAAAAGAGUCCAUGAAGAAAUUGAGGAAGUACUUGGAAGAGACAAAUCACCCAUGAUGGCAGAUCAGGCAAAAAUGCCUUAUACUAAUGCUGUGAUCCAUGAAAUUCAACGUUGUGCUGAUAUUGCAGCUUUAGCAUUACCUUAUAUAACACGGCAAGAUGUUGAAAUUGGAAACUUUGUCAUCCCUAAGAGGACUGUAGUCUUCAAUCACUUGUCUUCGGUGCUGAACGAUGAAACCAUGUGGGAGAAGCCACACCAAUUUUACCCUGAGCACUUCCUAGAUGCAAGUGGACAGUUCGUUAAGCGAGAGGCCUUUCUGCCUUUCUCUGCAGGUCGCCAUGCCUGUCCUGGAGAACCAAUGGCUAGAAUGGAGCUCUUCAUCUUCUUCACCACCCUCAUGCAGCAUUUCACUUUCUCCAUCCCUGAGAACCAUCCCAAGCCCAGUGAAGAAAGGCUCUUUGCCCUCACUGUUAGUCCGCCCCCUUUUCACAUUUGUGCCAUCCCCAGAUAAUAUCUCCAAGGUAUCGGCUACUCAGUGUUCUGACCUAAGAACUGCAACUUGCUAAGACAGUGAAAUUUGGGGGAAACGUUUAACAUGAGAUUUUUGUUUGCAUUUCCUUACUCUGAAAAUGUGGUCAGGGACUAAAAUGGAUGCUCAGAACUUUAGCAAGUUUCUAAAUGGAAAGAAACACAAAUUUUAGGGAAAGAAUGAAAAACCAUUCUCCUUCCCUCUUGUGUUUCAGACCAUACAUGUUUAAUUUUUUUUAGCGGUUUCCAGUAUUUCAGAUUAUCAGGACAUCUAAAUGAAAGGAACUCUUAUUAAACACUCUUAAAAUGCAACUGUGAUUGCAAUUUAAUACUGAGUUUAUUAAAGACAAGGUCUUUGAACCUAGCUGCCAAUAAUGCACAGUGGAAUUCCCCAAACUUGAAAUGUGAUUCAUCCCUCAGGUGGAGAGAUGCUUAUGUAAGUGGCUAGUAGCAAGGAACUGUUUUCUGUUUCCUGUAUUCUGUGCUCUUUCAUCUGUCUGUAGACUCAUCUCAAAUAUCUGUUUUGUAAUAUAGGAAUAAGCCAAAUGUGUUGAAAACACAGUGGUAGGUGUAUAUGUGUGUUUGUGUAAUUUCUGGCGGCAGGGAUUCUUGCAACACUACUUCUGGAUGAAGUAGUAUGUAUGCUUUCUUUAAAUCUCCUCUUGUCUUUCCUAUUUACCUUAACCCUCCUCCUACCUUUUCUCCUUCAUCCAGAAAUACAUCAAUCAAAUCCCUUGCAAAAGUCUGAUCACACAUUUCCUUGUGUUCAUGUAUAACCUCUGCUAGGAUGCCAAGAAUUUCCACAUGCUUAUUUGAGGUCCAGGAGUAUGAGCAGAAAACAAUAGGAUCUUUUGUUGUCUAAAUUCAUCUUAAGUUCAAACAGGUCCUGAUUAGUCUGGGGCUCAGCUGAAGGGAGGCCGGUUUUUCUCUUGACACUGUCUUAGCUUCCAGUGGGCAUGAUGAGAUCA